GAAGGAUAUUCUCCGUCUACCUCGAGGAGUUGAAAUUGUCUUCCACUGCACGUUCACCAUCUCACAUCCCGCACUGGACGUGACCAACGCGACUGUCUUGUCCACACAGCAUUGCCCUGGAACAUUGUGCCAUACCGGACCCACUCUUUCGGCUGCACCGCUUCCCAAAUUAAGCCAUAUACACGGCUGUGAAACACGCCUUGGAGAUCAACCGUGUCUUUGGAUGCCGACUGCUCCGCUCUUUCUUGGAACCCAGCUGUGGAGUGUGCCAGUGAAUAACUAAAGGAUUGCUUUGUCCUCCCUUUAGCGUCUGAUCGAUUCCCGGCAACAACAUGCCUUCGCCACGCUCAUCGCCUGCCAUGAGCUCUACGACACCGCUAUCACCUGGAUACCUACCUUUGCACUUCGACAGCCUGCGACGACCUCCUUCGCCCAGAGCCAUGCAGACAAGAACUCCCAGUCUUCAGCGACGGCCGCAGGGCCUGCAGCUACCGCACCUACCCCGAUUUCACCCCGCCAAUUUCAGCAAUCAUUCUACACCUGAUGGGGCGUCGGCCACGUCUUCUCCACAGCCACCAAUGUCUCCACGCGCGCACCAACGAAUGUACAGUGAUGCGCAGAAGCACUUGUACCUCAAUCAACGGGAAGCAUUAUCGGCUGCUGCACGGGUCACCUCGCCUGGCCAGGUCCGGAAACCUCUAAGUCCACGCCUCCAGCCACUGGGAAGUCCUGGACCCGUCACUCCUCUUGAACUGGAAGGCCAGGAAGGUUACCUGAUUGCCGGUGCUCGUAACAGCUCUUCCCACGCUGCAACGGCCUCCAAGGAUAUUGUCGAGACGUUCAUCAAGCAGGAGAAGACACGGAGGCAAGGGCCUCCAAAUGCAUCAUCACCUCGAUCCAGCAGUCGGUGACCUAUGGAAAUGAGUCGCGGCGCAGCAGGGAAUUUUUCGGGCCACACAGCACAGACGGCAUGAGUGCUAUGAUCAAAGAAUUGAGAGGAUGGGUAUCAGCGCUUCGGCGCUCCCGGAAGGCGUUGCUGGAAUGUGGGCAUAUGAUUC